CCUUAUCAGUAUCUAACUUUUUCUGGCCCAAUAAGAAACAAACUCAAAAUUUCCGGCUCAGAAGGCAUAUUUACCUUGUAACUGGAAAAUUCAACUAUUUCGUUAUACAUUGCAAUUUCCUUUGAAAAAUGUAAAAGCUUGCAUUGGGCAGUGCAGACAGUCUUCCUUGUGCCCUCCCAAAUUUUGGUUUGGUUCUACCUUUCUUGUGUCUCAAGUCUCACAACCCAAAACUCAUUUAUUCAUCAGUAAAUCGAACCGUCAACCACCAACUUUUGGUUUCUCGAGCGAAUCCUCUAGUUCCUCAGAACCCCACAUUCGAAAUGACGAUUCCUGAAAACCAAAUUCAGCGAAGAACGACGAUGGAGCCGGUAUUUUCUCAGCAAUUGCAAAUGCAAGCCUACGCAACUCUGAGUUCGAACGAUGUGCAGCCAAUGGAGACGCUCCUUUCUCAUCUCUUCAGCCCUCAAGAGCCCCAAAAAUCUCAGGCCUAUAGCCUUCUACAUUGUUGCAGAAAGCACUUCCCGGAUUUGCUUUUCAUCAAGGUUUUCUUUGUGAUUAGGAACGGGCCUUCCGCAGAGAUUCGCACCAGGUCUGCGCUUGUUCUCCGGUUUGUGCUCGGUGACCUUUGGCCGAAGUUGUCAUUGAAUGCUCAAAUUAACCUUAAAAAUCUAUUUCUUGUUCGCCUUCAUGAAGAGGGCUCAUUGCCCAUUUUGAGGAUUCUCUGUCUCAUUGCAUCUGAAAUGGCAGUGGAGAUUUCUAGGACUGGCGAUGAGUGGCCGGAGCUCAUUGACUAUUUGUUGAUGUCUUUUCAGUCGGACUCCGAAAGGUUUCAGCUUUCUGCUUUGUGGGUGUGUUCUUUUUUCCCAAAAGUGUAUCGUCCGGUUAUUUGUGAAACGUUAGCUCCUAGCAUUGAACCUACCCACUCAGCAUUUUUGCGUAUGUUGAAUUCGGAAAAUGCUGAUAUUCAGGUUGCGACAUUUGGUGCUGUGGUUAGUUUGAUCCAUUUGUUUUCGAAUUCAUUAGGGCGGAAUUGGUUUCAUGACCUUUUGAGGGGGAUGAUGGUUGGACUGUUUAAUUUGUUAAGUCACUUGAAAGAAGACUAUGCUCGCGGGGCUCUCAAGGAGUUAAUAAUGUUGGUAAAGGAAGAGCCACAACUCUUGAAGCCCUACCUUAACGAACUAGUACUUGAUAUGCUUAAGAUAGUAGACAGUGAACAGGUGACAGAGGGAACCAAAGUGUUUGUUCACAAAUUCUUGCUGACCGUAGUAGAAGCAAGCGAUUUGGCACUUACAAUGAGGGGGCUGCCACAUCAGACUUUGGUUAAACUGCUGGCAGUCCCAAUGAAACUGCUUCUCAGUAUAAAUGAUGACUAUGCAUGUUACAACACAGAAAGCGAGCAGGCUGAGAAUGCUGGGAAGACAGAUCUUGGAAUUGCAUACCUGACAAAAAUAUCAACCGCCUUAGGUGAAAAGACAAUGACCCCCAUAGCUUUUGAGUUGUUCUUGGAGUACAUGGAUGCUUCCGAUUGGAAGAAGCGCCACGCAGGAAUUUCUAUGCUAGCGGUUAUUGCAAAGGAGUGCUCAGAGGAGAUGGUACUGAUGAAAAAAUAUUUGGAACAAGUUACAACCAUGAUUUUGAAAUCAUUCCAAGAUCCCCAGUCUCAAGUUUGUUGUGCAGCUUUUAAUUUUAUGCAACUGCCUAUAAUCCUGAUUGAGGCAAUGCAGAUUCUUCAUCAUUUGAGGAUUGUGCCUGCACUAGUUAGUGCACUUGACCAACAUUCGAUUCCAAGAUUAAAGGAACAAGCUGCAUCAGCAAUACAACACUUGAUAAAGAACGUUUCUUCGGAUAGUUUAAGAAUGCACAUGGACCUGGAUGCUAUAUUGAGCAAACUUCAGAAAGACCACAGGCGUAUGUAGCGGUAAAUACGAAAAUGGGGCGUUUCUUUCUUCUCCGUGCUGAAAGAAGAGCAGAUGCCAAGUCUCAGGUUCUUGGAAGAAACCCAUCACGCUCUACUACCAUGUCAUCUGCUAUCUGCUAUCUUUUUUCUUUUUCUUUUGUCAAUUGUCAUGCUUUAGAUUACUACUUUUUGUAAUAGCUGCUUUAGAGGUGGUUUGGGAAUGAGGUGCUUAAAAAAAAA